UGAGCAUCCCCCCCGUGCGCCGCUUCCCUCAGUCAGUCCUCAACAUGCGCAGGUAGGACUGUCUUCAGGGAGGGAAUUUCAUGUUCGUGGCUCCUUUUGCUCCUGCAUCUCGCCGCUGAGCACCUCUUUGUCCAGCCCUGUCUGUCUCCCACCGCGGAAGGAGGUGGAACAUGGCCUUCCACAGCUUCUCUGCUCUGAAUAGAAAGCAACUAUCGAUGUCGCCACACUUCCCUGCCUCCCUGGCUCUUCUGUCCCUGCUCCUUGCUCCAGCUCUUGGACAACUGGACCUCAACCGACUGGACGGCGAUACUGUCUGCCCACCAAUGAGAGGUGGACAAGAUGACCUUCCAGGUUUCGAUCUGAUCACCCAGUUCCAGCUGGACGUGAUUCCCCUGAAAGGUGUCAGGAAGGUGGACGGCUCCACUCCCCUCCAGGUGGCCUACCGUCUCGACAAGGAGGCCAACUUCCAAAUUCCAACCAUGCUGAACUUUCCCCGCGGCUUCCCCGACGAGUACUCCUUCAUGGUGACCUUCCGCAUGAUCAAGAACACGGUGAACAAGGUGUGGAACGUCUGGCAGGUGGUGGACGAGGACGGAAACAAACAAGCCGGGCUGAGGCUGAACGGCGACCAGCAGGCUCUGGAGUACUUCCUGAUGGGUGCUGACGGGUACCUGCAGACCGUCACCUUCCCCGGCCUCUCCGUGCUAUUCAACACCAAGUGGCACAAGGUGAUGAUUGGCGUGGAGCGCGACCAGGUCACGCUGUACGUCGAUUGUCAGCCCGUGGAUCAGAAGCCCAUCAAGGGCAAAGGCCCUGUCAACACAGAGGGAGACACUCUCAUUGGAAGGCUGGAUGCUGAUCCCAACGCCUCCGUAGUGUUUGAGCUCCAGUGGAUGCUGAUUCACUGUGACCCAAAGAGAGCCCAGAGAGAGAGCUGCAAUGAGCUGCCUGCCACUGAGAUGUAUGCCAAUGCUGAGCCUGACAGAUCAAUCCAAGGUCCCCCAGGUGCUCCUGGCCCAGAGGGCCCUCGUGGGGCCCCAGGUGAAAACGGCAGAGAUGGAAGAGAUGGUCUUCCAGGGUCUCCAGGUAGUCCAGGAACUCCUGGCAGCAAAGGGGAGCAGGGGGAGAUCGGUCUUCCUGGACAGAGAGGACUGCCCGGUCUUCCAGGAUCUGCUGGUUCUCCUGGUCCAAUGGGUCCCAGAGGGCCUGUAGGAGAGAGAGGACUUCCUGGCUUUCCUGGACCUGCAGGUCCUCCUGGCCCAACAAGCGAAGGACCUGCUGGACCUCCAGGGAAACCAGGCAUCCCAGGAGAUGAGGGAAAUAUUGGACCUGAGGGUCCACCAGGACCCAGGGGAGGAAAUGGCAGCCCAGGGCCUCCUGGUCCUCCAGGCCCACCAGGGCCUGUGGGACCGCCUGGUGCCAGCAAUGAGGGAAGUGGGGAAGCAUGUCCUGCUGCCUGUCCUGCUGGACCUCAGGGAAUAGCUGGGCUACCAGGGAUGAAGGGACACAAAGGUGUGGCAGGGGAGCCUGGGAAAGAUGGCGAGCCUGGACAGAAGGGAGAUGCUGGAGAACAAGGUUCUCAAGGGGCCCCAGGUCGCAUGGGAGAUGAUGGGCAAAGAGGGCCCAUCGGAUUCCCUGGAACACCCGGAGAGAAAGGAGACAGAGGUCCUCCUGGUUUCAACGGCAUGCCUGGACCCACUGGUCCACCUGGAGCUCCUGGUGUGGAGGGCAUCCGUGGACGUCAGGGUUUGGAGGGGCCCAAGGGUGAUGAUGGAGCUGUUGGACCUCAAGGAGAGAAGGGUCCUGCGGGAGAAAAAGGAGAUGUUGGAGAGCCUGGUGCAGAUGGACUGGAUGGACUUCCUGGAACUGAUGGCGCUAAGGGCGAGCCUGGAACUCCUGGAGCUGUUGGUGUCAGGGGGAUUGUUGGUAUCCCAGGCCUGCCAGGGAAGAAGGGAGUAGCUGGGCCUCCUGGUGAAAAGGGUGACGUUGGUGCUGAGGGACCUGUUGGACCAGUUGGACUUCCUGGAAAGAUUGGUGAGCCUGGACAAGAUGGAGAAGAUGGAAAACCAGGAGAUAAAGGAGCAACGGGUGAAACAGGAAAACAAGGGCCAGUGGGUCCUGCAGGUCCACAGGGAGUCCAGGGUGACAAAGGAGAUAAAGGUGACACAGGGGCUAAAGGAAUGAAGGGUCAUACUGGACACAAAGGUGAUCAGGGACCGAUUGGACCAGUGGGACCCAAAGGAAGUCUGGGAGACACGGGUGUGGCAGGAGAUCCUGGGGUCAAGGGAGACCAGGGCCCUCCUGGUGUUCCUGGAAUCAAAGGAGAGCUCGGAGAGAAGGGCAUGAGAGGAGCUACUGGAGCUGAUGGCAGACCAGGCCAGCCGGGACACGAGGGUUUGGCAGGUCCAAUCGGAGCUCGAGGGCAGGAGGGAGAGCCUGGUCUUCCUGGAUCACCAGGCCCCAGGGGUUUACCUGGCCCAAAAGUGAGCGACGAGAAGCUUCGGGAAAUGUGCUCAGCUGUGGUUGAAGAGAAAUUAUCAGAAUUUAUGAAAGACCUCCUGAAGAAACCAGCAGCCCUUGGCGCCCCUGGUACCCCUGGACCAGCAGGACCCCCUGGACUUCCUGGACCAGCUGGAGCAUCAGGGUCAGCUGGAGCUCCAGGGCCAAUGGGUCCCAAAGGCCACCCAGGCUUCUUUGGGCUUCCAGGCGCACCAGGCAAGAAAGGUGAUGUCGGGGAAAAGGGAGAAAAGGGUGACAAGGGAGAGGACGGUGUGGGAAUCAAAGGAAGUCCAGGCGCACCAGGUGCUCCAGGUGCAACUGGCGCUCCUGGCAUUGGCAAGGAUGGCAAAGACGGACAGCGUGGUGAGACAGGAAGUCCCGGCGUUCCUGGAGCCUCUGGUCCGAGAGGGCCCACAGGACCUCCUGGCCUUUGUGACCCAUCAACCUGUAUAAGCAGACUUCCACCCCUCUAUAUGCUUAGCGGAAAGAAAUCGGCUGGCUACAAAAACCCAUGACACUUCCCAGUUCUUUGACACUCUCCACCAUCUCACCCUGCCAGUGAUCGCGUUUCAGGGCUUCUCAGGAGUCCACGGGGGGUAAUCUUCGGGAGCCUCCAUUGGUCAACCACGGAUCGAGGAGACACAAAGGGAAACAGAGACGAGGCACAAUUGUACCGUAAAGACUUUUUCAACUUGUAUGUGAUUUUAGAGAAUGCUCAUCCAUUGUCCAAAGACCACUGCUACUGACAUCGAAGUAGCUUCUUCCGGCUGAUGACAAGGCCUCUGAGCUGAUCAAUACUGAUAUCAGUCAUCACAACUGCUUACUCCUUACAAUCAUUCAGCAAUGAGGUGGUAAAGCACUAUAAGUCUCUCUGAUUUACUCCCAUGCAUUUCUUUCUUUUGAAUAAGCUCAUUUCAAAGCCUACUCAAACCAGGCGCCAUUCUGACCUAUCUCAGUUGCAGUCGUGAGCCAAAUCUGUUGAAGGAACCAUGUUUUACAAAAAAUAUGCUCACUUCAAAGCUAUCUCCAACAGUGUGCUUUUGAUUUUAAUUAGGGAUCAUAAAUUUGUUUGCUUAAUUUUGUCAUAUUAAUGUUUUUUUGUUUUUUUUUUCAAAAUAAAAAAUAAAGUAUUGUGUUUUGGAGGUACUGCACUGAGCUGUAAAACACAUAUGUCAAAGAGGCAUUAUAGCACAGUCGAGACAGUCCAGCAGAGUGAUUUGUGCGUGGUGAUCACUAAAAUUCCACAGCCUUACUAUGGUUAAAAUCCUUUUGUGUGGAAACAAGGUGCCCAGGUUGUUAUGGAUAUCAUGUUGAUUCAGGAUGACAUUUCACUGUUGCCUGGUUACAAAGGAGAGUCAACAUCAUCCCCACCUGUGUCAGCACAAAUGCAUCCAGCCAAAUCAAAUAUGACCUUUGAGCGAGCUGCUGGCGAGCAGUUAGCAUAGCAGCCAUCCAAAGGACAUCCCAUCUCUCUAAUACAUGCUAUCAUGGCUCUGGAUCAGUGGAUUUUAAGUUGUGAAAAGGAUGCACAAAGUUAAUAAAAUCUGAGUCAGCAAAAAAAA